AUGAGGCGGUGUUGUGGUGAGAAGCCCUUUUGGGUAGCCACAAUGAUCCAGUUCGCAAUAUUUACUACAGCAUCAAACCAAAAUGGAAUAACACAGGUGCAACUAAAUGAUGUGUCUGUAAACCUUUACGCCUGGAGCUCGUGGGGUCCAUGGAGUCCUUGUUCCAGAUCCUGUGGUGGCGGUGUCUCCUUCCAAGAAAGGCAAUGCUUAUCUAGGACCAAUAGCUUAGUUGCGAACAGUACACUACCGCCACCUGUAAUAACAGUUCGUGUUACUCGGCAGGCUAGUCAAGAGUGUGCCGGUGUACCUAGGAGGUACCACGAAUGUAAUACGGAGCCGUGCCAUCAAGGAAGUCGGGAUCCAAGGUCCGAACAAUGUUCUUCUUAUGAUAGGAGACCCUUUCGGGGCAGAUUCUAUACCUGGGUACCCUAUAUUGACGGUGACGCACCAUGCAUGCUGAACUGCAGACCUGUUGGACACCACUUCUACGCUUCUCUUGCCCUUGUAGCUGAUGGUACUCCGUGCACGUUGCAAGGAUAUAGAGCUAUUUGCGUACAGGGUUCAUGUAAGGCUAUUGGUCGUGAAGCGGUUCUCUCUGUAGCCAGCACUCGUGAAGUGCGAUGUGGGAGGCGCCUCGUGUCAGGUCUCUUCGCGCGGCCAAGACUUCCUCUUGGCUACUCCUACAUCACGACGGUCCCCCAGGGCGCUUGCCGGCUCAACGUGUCAGAAAUCGUAUCCAGCGAUAAUUAUAUAGCCUUGAAAAUCACUAAUGGUUCCUAUGUUAUGAAUGGUGAAUUUGCCGUUAGCGCACCAGGGAGUUAUGAAGCGGCAGGUGCAAGAUUUGUUUAUUCCCGUAAUGCUGGAUUGGAUUCAGUCUUUGCAGCAGGUCCUAUACAACAUCCUGUUGAUAUAAUGGUACUGUACACGCAACCGAAUCCGAGUAUUAAAUACGAGUACUUCACAAACGCAAUGCCUGGUGAAGUGGACAUUGAGUCCAUAACGAAAGCUCAAACUGAUUCUCCUCCAAAACACAUUCGAAGACAUCACGGUUUUGAUUACUCUAGAGCUAAUGUACCGAGACAUCCAGAUGUAAGUGGAUUGUCAAAGGACCUUUCUAGUGAGAAUGCUAUUGAAGAGAACAUAGUGGGAUCUAGAAAGUUUAUGUGGAAGAUAUUGUCAUAUUCUCAGUGCUCUAGAAGUUGCGGAGGUGGUUUUCAGGUUGGCAAAUACCGUUGCGUUGAAUCAAGUUCUAAUGGUGAUCGCGAGGUUUCUCCAGUACAUUGUAUAGGUUCAGCACCUCCUGGAAGACGACGCCGGUGUGGAAGCAUACCAUGUCCACCUCGUUGGAGGGCAGCGACUUGGUCCGCCUGCCCUCAAUGUGGACCAGCUAGUAGGAUACGUAUAGUCGGUUGUGUCCAAGACCAUUCGAAAGGCAUUACGAAGAUCAGCGAUACAAAAUGUCCACCACCGAAGCCAGCGACGACUGAAGCAUGUAACAUUCCUGACUGUAACUCACCAGAAGCACGACCAGAAUCUAAGCGAAUACGAAACCAAAUCGAUGCCUUCAGAGAUAGUCCUGUUUUUACGAUAGCAGUUAACAAUACUGACCUCGACGUUGGUCCGGAGUACAACUUUGGAGCAGCCGGGUGGCUUUACACAGAUUGGUCUGAGUGUGUAGGUUGGUGCGUAGGUGGAGGUACACAAACACGAGCAAUACGAUGCGCAGAUCCCUCUGGAUGCGUUCCCAGAAAACCUCCAGAUUAUACCCGAGCUUGUUCACCGAAAUUAUCCUGUGAAGCGCAUGACGGUCAUUGGUUUACAGGUGACUGGUCUCCAUGUUCUUCCAAUUGUAAUGGAAGACAAGUUAGAGGUGUGCUAUGUAUAGGAGGAACGGGGAGGCACUUAAAAGAAUCUGCUUGCAGAGCGCCAAAACCAGAAAGUGAAAGAAGUUGCGGUGAGGAUUGUAAACCGACUUGGUUUACGAGUGAUUGGGGUCAAUGUAUCGGUAACUGCACCAUUGGAAUUGGAGUUCAACAUAGGACCGUCGUGUGCGCACGCUCUGAUGAUGCAGCGAACGACUCGAUGUGCGCGAUCCCGAAGCCGCAUGCCACACGACCUUGUUCACCACGCUGUUCCGACUCUGCUCAGCUGACCAUACAGUCUCAUAAAGAAGAGAAGAUAACAACUACGACUCAGACGACAACUGUUGAGCUCUUACCGAGAAAAGAUUGCGAGGACAAGCUGACUAAUUGUGCUCUAGCUGUACAAGCUCGGCUCUGUCAUUAUAAAUAUUACAUACACAACUGUUGCGACUCGUGUAGGACGUAG